AUGGCUGAUUACUCUCGGCCCCACAUCUGCCACUGUUUGACUCGCUUAGCCUCCGUCAAACGAAACGCCGUUGUCACAGUCUACGGUCAACGUAGGCGCACUGGCCGGGAGUUCGUCGAUGGCGUAUUGAGACUCGCCGGAGGGUUGAUUCGUCUCGGUCUCCGAAACGGCGACGUCGUAUCUAUCGCUGCUCUUAACAGUGAUUUGUUCUUGGAGUGGUUAUUGGCUGUUGCAUUCGUUGGAGGAAUAGUUGCUCCGUUGAAUUACAGAUGGAGCUUGAAAGAAGCAAAACUGGGGAUGCAGCUAGUAGAACCUGUGCUCUUGGUCACCGAUGAGAAAUGUGUCUCGUGGUGCAUCCAUGUACAUAAUAUCGAUAUACCUUCAUUAAAAUGGCGUGUGUUGAUGGAGUCUACCUCAACAGAUUUUGCAAGUGAACAUAACCAAUUUUUGACCACCGAGAUGCUUAAACAGAAUGUCUUGGUGGAUUCCUUACCGACAUACGCUUGGGCUCCUGAUGAUGCUGUUGUCAUAUGCUUCACUUCUGGUACAACGGGAAGACCUAAGGGUGUGACGAUAAGCCACUUGGCGUUCAUCACACAGUCUCUAGCCAAGAUUGCUGUUGUUGGCUACGGUGAGGAUGACGUGUAUUUGCAUACAUCACCAUUAGUUCAUAUUGGCGGUCUAUCAUCAGCCAUGGCCAUGCUAAUGGUCGGGGCUUGCCAUGUUCUGCUGCCAAAGUUUGAUGCUGAAACAGCUCUCCAAGUUAUGGAACAGCACUGUGUGACUUGUUUCAUCACUGUCCCAGCUAUGAUGGCUGAUCUUGUUUCUGUCAACAGGACAAUGAAAAAUGGAGCUCAAAACAGCUGUGUAAGAAAGAUACUAAAUGGAGGAGGUUCUUUAUCAAGCGAACUUCUACAAGAUGCUGCAAAGAUCUUCUCAAUAGCAAAAAUAUUCUCAGCAUAUGGGAUGACAGAAGCGUGCUCUUCGCUUACCUUCAUGACUCUCUAUGAUCCAACAACAGAAGAGUCUUAUAAAACGACAUAUCCUUUGGCUAACCGACCAAAGCAAGGCACAUGUGUCGGAAAGCCUGCUCCUCAUAUUGAACUGAUGGUUAAGCUUGACGAAGAUUCUCUCAGGGUUGGGAAAAUUCGAACUCGGGGACCACAUACAAUGCUUAGAUAUUGGGGUCAUGAAGUAGUUCAAGAAAGCAGCAAUGGAGCUUGGCUUGACACAGGUGAUAUUGGGACCAUUGAUGAGUUUGGUAACUUAUGGCUCAUCGGACGGUCCAAUGGACGAAUCAAAACUGGGGGCGAGAAUGUUUACCCUGAAGAGGUCGAAGCUGUUCUGUUAGAGCAUCCAGGGAUUGUGUCUGCAGUGGUCAUAGGAAUCAUGGAUGUUCGUCUUGGUGAGAUGGUCGUUGCUUGUGUUCGUUUACAAGAGAAUUGGUUAUGGUCUAAUGUCGAAAACCGCAACCGAGGAGGUUCAGAACUGUCUAGUGAGGCACUCAAGCAUCAUUGCAGAACAAAUAAUCUAACAGGGUUUAAGAUUCCAAAGAGGUUUGUCCGAUGGGAGAAACAGUUUCCGUUGACAACAACUGGUAAAGUGAAAAGAGAUGAAGUCCGAAGAGAAGUUAUGUCGCAUUUCCAAAUUUUGACUAGCUCUCUCUGA